AGCAAUGGAUUAAUAAGUAUUAGAAACAGCUAAGAAUUACGAUUCUAUUAUAAAUGAAGUCAUUAUUAAAUUAAAGAGAAACUCUGAUAAAGGUUAAUUACAAAUGAGUGAAUCUGAAAUCUUUAUAUUUUAAGAUGUAUCAAUCCUUUUAUAAUAUUUACAUAAGCUUUGGCAAAGAUAUCUAAAAGCUAUUUAAGAAGGCAGAGAAAUUAAAUGCAAAAAUGAAAUCUAAAUUUAACCUUAGACAUCUUAAGCAGAUACUGAUUAACCAGAACCUGCUAUUAUAAAAAAAGUAAUAGUAGUAAAAAAAGUAAUCUCUAAUAUUUUCAUACUAGGAAGAUGCAGAUAUUAGUUUCGAUGAAGAUUCAGAUGAAGAUAUUGUUUAAAAUAAUCAAUAAAUUAAUAACAGUCAAGUAAUUUAUAUAUUCUUAAUUAGAAAAUUAAAGAGUUUGAAAAAAGUAGAUGUGAAAGCAUGAGGGAGAAAACUCUUUUUGAUAAAAUUAGAUAAUUAAUCUAACUUAAAAAUAUUAUAAAAGAAGAAGAAUAAGAUGAUGAAGAUACUGAAGAACCAAAAAUAUUUGACACUUACAUUUAUGCUUAAAAAAUUAAUACUGAUACUAUUGUCAGCCGUAUCAGAGUAAUAAUUUAAAAUAUUCAAAGCCUAACAAAUUAUAAAAAGCUAGUUUGGAAAAUGUACUCAUUAAAGAUAAAAACAAUAAAGAAGUACUCUUUCCUUAAGCUUAAUUGUAAUUUAAUUUUAGAACAAACAAAAAAAAAAACUAAUGAUCGAAUUGUAUUUAUCAUUCCUAAAAUUUUAGUUACUCCUAUUUUCUAUCCAAAAUGAC